ACUGUUUUCUCUUUAUCGUUACCGAACAAACGAACGACUAAUUAAGGAAUCCAUAUUUGGUAAUAUAUUUGGAUCACGCCUCCAAAUGGAAGCUAUGACAAUACCAUCACAAAUGAACUAUCAACCUAAAUAGCCUUUCCAAGAUUCGUUUUUUCACUUUCACCUUUUCUUUACACAGAUCUCUCUCUCAUCACCAACAAAUUCUCCUUUUUUUGUCACACUCUCCAAUUCUUCAUAUACAAAUCUAAUUAUCACAAUCAACCUUCUUUCUUCAAAGAUCUCUGGGUGUUGGCUUCCGGGUUUCAUUUAUUUUUCUUGGCCAGAAUGCAGAAGAAGGUGGUGUUGGCUGUAGUAUGUGCUACCGCUGUGGCUGGGGCUGUUACGGCGGCCAUCGUUGUCAAGCGAAAAAUGAGGACGGGUGAUAAGUGGGCCAAAGCAAUAGAAAUAGUCAAAGAUAUGGAGGAAAAAUGUGCCACCCCUAUUGGGAAGCUGAAGCAGAUUGCUGAUGCCAUGGUUGUGGAGAUGCAUGCUGGUCUUGCCUCUGAAGGUGGAAGCAAGCUGAAGAUGCUCAUCAGCUAUGUCGAUAAUUUGCCUACUGGUGAUGAGAAUGGAUUGUUUUAUGCAUUGGAUCUUGGUGGGACAAACUUCCGUGUAUUGCGGGUGCAGCUUGGGGGGAAGGAUGGCCGUCUUGUAAAUCAAGAAUUUGCAGAGGUGCCUAUUCCUCCAAAUCUGAUGACUGGGACAUCAGAAGUACUUUUUGAUUAUAUUGCAGCAGAACUAGCUAAAUUUGUUGCUCAAGAAGGUGAAGAGCUUCGACUUCCUCCUGGUAAAAUGAGGGAAUUGGGUUUCACCUUCUCGUUCCCUGUUAUCCAAACAUCCAUUGCUUCUGGGACUCUUGUUAGGUGGACAAAAGGCUUCUCCAUAGAUGAUACAGUUGGCCAAGAUGUUGUGAUGGAAUUGACCAAAGCAAUGGAAAGACAGGGUGUUCAUAUGCAUGUAUCAGCUCUGGUUAAUGAUACGGUGGGAACCCUAGCUGGAGGCAGAUACUUCCACAAGGAUGUUAUUGCUGCUGUGAUCUUAGGUACUGGGACAAAUGCUGCUUACGUGGAAUCUGCACAAGCAAUACCAAAAUGGCAUGGUGCUCUUCCCGAAUCUGGCGAGAUGGUUAUCAAUAUGGAGUGGGGUAACUUUAGGUCGUCACAUCUUCCACUAACUGAUUAUGAUCUUGCACUGGAUGUUGAAAGUUUAAAUGCUGGUGAACAGAUCUUUGAGAAGGUAAUUUCUGGUAUGUACCUGGGGGAAAUUGUGCGCAGAGUUCUUCUAAAUAUGGCUGAAGAAGCUGCAUUUUUUGGUGACACUGUUCCCUCAAAACUUAAAAUUCCUUUCAUAUUGAGAACACCUGAUAUGUCAGCAAUGCAUCAUGAUACAUCUUCUGAUCUUAAAGUGGUGGGGAAUAAAUUGAAGGAUAUUCUAGAGAUCCCUAACACCUCGUUGAAAGCAAGAAGAGUUGUCGUUGAGCUUUGCAACAUUGUUGCCACCCGUGGAGCUCGACUGGCAGCAGCCGGAAUUUUAGGUAUCCUGAAGAAAAUGGGGAAGGAUACAGUCAAAGAAGGGGAUAAAAAUAGGACAGUAAUAGCCUUGGAUGGUGGAUUGUAUGAGCAUUAUAGUGAAUAUAGCAAGUGCAUGGAGGAUACUCUGAAUGAAUUGCUUGGAGAAGAAGUGUCGAAAAGCAUUGAGAUUGUGCACUCAAAUGAUGGAUCUGGCAUUGGAGCUGCUCUCCUUGCUGCCUCGCAUUCGCAUUAUCGUUAAGUUGAGGAUCCUGCCACAGGAAAGAUAUCUGUGUUUGCUUUUUGAGCUGCAUUGCGACCUUUCGGCACACUUCUUUUUCCCUUUAAUCAUCUUGUCCUCGUGUUUCUGCAUUGAGCAUUCUUCAAAUUUGAUUUAGAAGAAUGGAACUGUGAAUAUUUAAAUCACACACCUUCUAGAGCACGUAGAGGUGGAUUCAAUAUAUUGAAGCAGGACCUGGAAGUGGCCAUUAUUUUUCUGCUUCGGCCUGCAAUUCCAAUGGAAUUUUCCUGCUAAUGGUUCCCAGUUCCGUCUGGUGGUAAUAAUAAAGUGAAUUCUUUACAUGUUGUUUUCAA